AGUCUUAGUUGCUGCACUCGACGCUCAGUGUAGAAGAUUCAAGUAAAACCAGUUCUCAUUGUCAAAAGACACUGGCUGUAUCACUGCUCCCACGGUGACGGGCCAUGCUUAUCCUGGCAUGACUUCGUCCACGGCUUCAGUGAGAGUUGGCCCGACGUGCACGAUUAUCCUCGGUGCUGCCGUCUCGUCAAAUCGAGGCCGACGGAACAUUACGACUGCAACCGGAGAGGAAGUGUUUUAGAUUUGGAGGUUAAAGUUGAUUCUACAGGCUGUGGUUACCAUCCUGUGCUUACGGUAAAGGGUGUGAGUAUCCUCACGGCUGUUGUUUCACAGCAGACGUUGUUCCUAUCAUGUGAAGGGCUACAUGCACUCGCUUUCUAUCAUGGAUAACUAGGCCUAGCGUUGGGAGAACAGAUAUAAUUUUGCAAGUGAAGGCAGAGUUUCCUCGCACAUUCCAAGAUGAGGUUCAAGCUGAAGAAGUUCGCGUUGAUUCUUGCCUUCGUUGCCUGCAUCCCGUUCAUCAUACAUAUCAUGGACGUAUUAAAGUUCAAACCAAGAAGGUCACGACGACCAAAGAUUGAGCUGCAUCUGGGCCCACCCGCGAACACAGGAACCUGCGACAAAUCGAAAUGUAACCCGACGAAGGACGGCAUGCUCAACGUCCACAUCGUCGCCCACUCCCACGACGACGUCGGCUGGAAGAAGACUAUGGAUCAGUAUUACUCUGGGCAAGGGGGAGGGAACGCUGAGUCGUUCUACCACGGAGGGGAGUGCACAAAGUGUAUUUUGGACAAUGCUGUCCGAGAACUGAUAGGAAACCCCUUCCGGAGGUUUAUAUUCGUCGAGAUGGCCUUUCUCUCCGUCUGGUAUAACGAACAGACGGAGGACAUGAAAAAACAAGUAAAGACAUUAAUCAACGAACGACGCCUUGAACUAAUAAUCGGUGGCUGGAGCAUGAGCGACUCUGCGACGACAUACUACGACGACAUCAUCGAUCAGCACACCUACGGCUUCCAGUGGAUCGAGAAGGAGUUCGGCGAGUGCGCCAUGCCCAAGUCUGGAUGGCAUGUAGACCAGUUUGGCCACUCAAGGGAACACUCUUCUAUAUUUGCACAGUUUGGCUUUGAUGGAUUGUUCCUUGGUCGUAUCGACUUCCAGGAUCAAGAGAGGCGGACUAAAACAUCGAAUAUGGAGACAUUAUGGAGGACGAGCCCUGACAACUUAGGCGACAAGACGAGUCUCUUCACAAGUGUCCUCUAUGACGGCUAUUUCUCCCCAGAAAGGUUUCGAUGGGAAGGAUGGGGCCCCGGUAUGCUGUCGGCACGAAACAGUGAAAAUUACGUGAAUGCAUUCAUCGAUAUCGCAGUUGAGAGAGCUAAGGCGUACAAGACGAAACACGUGUUAAUUCCUUUUGGAGGUGACUUUGCUUUCAACACUGCCGCCGGCUGGUUCGAUGGAAUCGAUAACCUCAUCAAAUACGUCAACGCCAAGCAAACGACUGGCAGCAAAGUGAACGUCCUCUACUCCACACCAACCUGCUACGUCAACAGCGUCAACAGAGAAGCGGUAACGCUUGAGACGAUGUCGACCGACUUCUUUCCGUACUCUACCAUCCCCAACACCUUCUGGACCGGCUUCUUCACCAGCAGACCCGGACUCAAGCGCCAUGUGAAAGUGGCCAGCAGCUUACUACAGACGUGUAAAGAAAUGGCAGUUCUAGCAGAGCUCCAACAUACAAAAGCAAACGUUGAUAAGUUAAAGAGCGCCGUGGCGGUGCUGCAGCAUCACGACGCAAUCACGGGCACGGAGAUGCAGCACGUCACUGAUGACUACAACAAGAUGUUGAGUGAGGGGGAACUAGCGUGCCAGUCGGUGAUCGAAGACGCCUACAGGGCCCUGCUGCCACCACCAGCGGCUCCCAAGCAGGAGUUUUGUCCUUUACUCAACAUCAGCGUUUGUCCAAUAACAGAAACUGCUAAAUCGUUUACCGUCAACUUAUUCAACCCUCUUGGCUGGCCAGUCACCCAUUUCGUCAGGCUGCCGAUCCCUGGCGGGACGUACAAGGUGCUGGGAGAGGGCAAGGUCACGGCUGAGACAGUGCCUCUGUCGCCGUCAACUAGCGCUAUACCAGAACGAGGCCAGUCCACAGCUAACGCCGAGCUGGUGUUCAGAGCUGACGUGCCACCGUUAGGGUUCGCUUCCUAUAAAGUGAGCAAAGAGUCCAGUUCGGAUGAUAGCCCACCACUACAAGAUAACACAAGGGAUGACAUUGUCAUAGAGAAUGAGUUUUUAUUGUUAACGGUUGAUGCUGACAGCGGUUUGACUAAGACGCUGACAAACAAAGCUACCCAGAUGAAGAUUCAGUUCGAGCAGAGCUACAGGUAUUACCUAUCAAGUGAAGGCCAACAGCGGGACCCUAAUGACCGCACUGGGGGCUUCCUGGGGUCACACAAACGGGCGUCGGGGGCGUACGCUUUCGUCCCGAAGGAAGGUCAAGGCCCUGUUAGACUGAGCGGCCAUGACACUAAGGGCGUCAACGUCAAGACAUUUAAGGGUUUGAACGCUCUAGAGAUCCAUCAGGAGUUUUCCGGCUGGGUAACCCAGGUGAUCAGGCUGUAUGACGGAGCACCAUACCUGGAGAUGGAGUGGACAGUGGGGCCUUUACCUGACGAAGAGAGGGAAACAAAGGAGGUGAUAUCCCACUUCGUUACCGACUUGCAGACUCGAGGGAUUGUGUACACAGACUCUAAUGGACGCGAGAUGAUUAAGAGAAGACUAGAUAAACGUGAGACCUGGAACCUGACUGUGACAAGCCCUAUUUCAGGCAAUUACUAUCCCGUCACUGGCAGAAUCGCUCUACAAGAUCAAGACAAGCAGGCCCAGUUGACGGUUCUGACAGAUCGCUGCCAGGGUGGAGCCAGCAUCAACGAUGGGGAAAUCGAGCUACUGGUACACCGACGUACGUUCAAGGACGAUGACCUUGGAGUGCAGGAGCCGCUGAAUGAGAAAGGGGUUGACGGCAGAGGUCUCAUAAUCAGGGGCAAACACUACGUAUUUCUGAACACGAUAGAGAAGACAGGUCAAGAUUUCCGACCCCUGGGGCUGCAGUUCCAUCACCCACCGACAAUGUCGUUCUCUGCCCCUCAGCAAGAUCUGACAGAUUCUUUGCGUACACAGUGGUCAGGGUUGUCUGCCCCUCUCCCGAGUAACGUGCACCUGCUGACCUUGGAUCAAGUGCCUGGCAAGGUUAAUAAACUGUUGCUGAGAUUAGAAAAUAUUUUUGAAAAACGGGAGCUCGACGAAUCGGAACGAAUUGCAGAAUUAGAUUUAGAGGAUGUAUUUGCCAAGUUUAGAGUGACUGGAGUAAGGGAGUUAACUCUUGGUGCUAACCACGACGUGAGCAGUGUGCGUCGACUGAGGUGGAUGAAGCCUGAUGGGAGUUUAACACCUUCACAAGUCGGUUCCACAGAAGGGCGGUACAAACACGAGCCCCCGUUCACCAUAACCCUCAUGCCCAUGGAGAUACGAACAUUCCACAUCGACGUGAUCCAGAAAAAUUAUCAAUCGGGGACAUGAACAUUUUAUGCACCAUAUGUAUUUGAAUAUCGUAUAUUUUAUUAAAUACUCUAUUUUUUCUAA